AUGGAUUCUGAUCCAUGGAGAUGGAGCAUCUCCGACGUGCAACAAUUCUUUCGACAAGAUGCUGCGCGUUAUGUUCGUGAUCGGAAUUCGUACCUACCACCGAUGCCCACCUUCCUUCAGUCUUUAGCCGACAACGAGGUUGAUGGUGCCUCACUGCUGGACGCUGUCGAGUCAACCACACUGCGAGAUGACCUCGGUAUCCGCUCGCUUCGCGACCGUGGCGCUAUCAUGCACUGCAUCUACAAGCUUCGCAGCGUAUCCCUCAGCUACCGUGGGCGUGGGCUCAGCGAAGCUCCAGGCACACCGGCCUCGCUUCCUGGCGCACCCUCGUUCUCCGACGCGGCAGUACUUCCACCGGCAGAUGCACAACUGCUGAUGGACUUUGAUCAGGACAUGCCAGUCGGACAUCACGUUCGCGAAAAUGAGGUCGAGGUUCAGGAUACCCGUGGUCGGAAGCGGCGUAAGCUGGAUCUUACGAAAUCGAUGCUUGCACCUUCGAAGCUGGAACUUGAUCACACUUCUCAUCUACCCGAUGCGGCAUUGCCGGUCGAUGAAAUCUUCUUUGGCUCUACCACCCUCGGUCACGAAGUGCUGACCGUCCCGCCAGCAGGCAAUAUCAUGGUCCACACCCUUGAGAGCACGGGCGAGACCAAAGAGUUUCACUUUUCAAGACCAGCUACUCAGCACCCUGGUGAGGCUGAGUAUGUUUCGCGACGCUUGACAUACUUAUUCAACCAAGUGACCGACGAAAGAGGGAUCAACCUGCAACGUUUCGGGCAGGAUGCAGUUGCUUUCCUACCUUAUCCUGACCAAUAUCACAAGAGCAAAGCACGGUCUGCGCUUGUCAUCCAAGCUGGCUCUACAGACAAUUUUGUCGCCACACGCGAAAAGGCUGAUCUACUGCGGACUGACUACCAGUACGGAGGCGGCGAGCAGGAAUCCACGGGCGAAUGGGACUUCCUCGUGGACAAGUAUAAGCAAGGUAGCGAAGAUCAGGAGUUGCCAGUGUUAGGACAGUCGGAAGCUGAGUUAAAGAUCACUGCGACAAAUUCUUCUAUCAACGAGGAUGAAGAAGCUCAUGAGGAUGCCGAUACCUAUGCUGCGGUCAAGGCGAACCAGAGUUCCACUUUGGUCGAAGAUUACAUGACAGCAUAUGCGGCACAGUGGCGAGAGAAGAAAACAGGGCAGUGGGAAGGCAAGGCUUGGACUGUGUGGAGACAGAUGAAACAAAGCCGAACGCUCAGAGAUAUCAUGAUCGAGGCGGCUAAAACGGAAAUCAAGCGGCUAGGUCUACGACUCACGAAUCUGACGCGCGACAUUGUCGGGGAAGAGUGGUCCAGUUCAGCUGCUCUCAAAAGUGAAUGUGCAAGGCUCGAUCCGACACUCGAGGACCGUGAGUACGAGAUGUGGAAGAUCUCGGUGUGGCAGAGGAAGAAAGAGCCAGAGCAUGUGAUCCACCACAGGCAUGCAUCGAGUGGCCACGCGCAACAGACACUGGCUACGACCAAGUCUACAAAUAACUCUUUUGUGUUGCAUCAGGGCGACAGGCUGAGCAUCUCACCUACUCGUGCAACUCAUGUUGUGGCGCCACCAACUAUUUCAAAGGAAGCUACACCAGCGGGACACCACACUGACGAGGAAGCAGAGGUGGAGGAUUUCCAUACACCCAGUGGCAGUCCGUUCGUCGAACCGUCACAGCUGCCAGAGGAUGGUUUUGAAGCUUCGGACGAGAUGUCUGCGCUUGAUCCAUCUUCACCUGAUUUCAUACAGCGGCUUUCGGAAGCGGAGACUCCAGUAGCAAUUGCAGGCUCUGCUAGAUCUUCUCAGCCCGUAACUACUCGGACCUCGACUCGAGGCUCUGUCGAGCGGAGCGCCACGAAACACUUGGACUCUACCAUGCAAGGACAGACCUCGGCUGACGAGUUGCCUUCGCCAUCCACGUUCGUUUCUCAAAGGGUGAAGCCAGAAUUGGCAACGCCGUCCAAGGAUCGAUUUGAUGGUCGUGGGCACCUUUCUUCGCAGCCCAUUGAGCUUUUGUCAGACUCUGGUCCCACUCCACGGUCACGCCGCAAGAAAGGACUCCCAAACAAAACUGUUGCAAAGAAGACCGAGCCCAAAUAUGAUGGUAAUGGCGAAUUCGCCGUCGCUCCAGAUGUGGAUGCUUGGGAGUACGACGAGUUGCACGCACGAAGCGAUCGAAUGCGCCUGCUCAUCAAGGUCUUGAAAGAUAAUGGCGCGGACAUGCGUAACGAUCUACAUCGUUCGUUCAUGAGGGACAGGGCAGCGUUCAAUAAGGAGUUGCAGGCCAUUGUGAAGGCUCAAGGCCAAGCAAGCAGCCUGCUCAGGUUCGACGAUAUCAUGCUGUGGUGCGCUCGCGUAUUGGCAGUCUGGUAUAGAUGCGAUAUUGCAUAUCUAUCGCGUGACCCCGAAGCUGAACUUUGGAGCGAAAUCAUUCGCGACAAAGAGCAGAUCGAGCGGUUCGUACAGAUGCUUGCCACGGUGCUGCGAAAGAUAAAGAGUGUUUUGUUUGAGAUGCCGCAACGCACCGAAACCAGUGCUGCACCAAGAGCACCCAGCACGAUGCAUCUUGCAUCCGACAGUGAAGAAGGCCCAAAGGACACUCCGCAUAAGAGGCGCAAGAGAAAGAUGCUGGAGAGCCAAGCGGUGAAGAAGACUAGGACCGACGCUCACGCACGUCAGGAGAAAUUCGACCGAGUGAUGGAGACACAGGCUCAAGGGUCUUCACAGCUGGCAUCUCUGGAUCCUACCGAUUCCGUGAAGACCGAAAUUGUUUUCAACCUCGCCCAGGUCGCGGAAGGCAAGCAGCCCAUCUAUAUUCAUGCAAGCCUCGCACGAAUGAUGAAGGAUCAUCAGAUCAAAGGUGUGCGCUUCUUGUGGCGAGAGAUUACUGCUAAAGGCGAUGACGACGGACCUCAAGGAUGUUUGCUGGCUCACACCAUGGGUCUUGGGAAGACCAUGCAGACCAUCGCGCUGCUCGUCGCUGUGGUCGAGACUUGCGAGUCCAGGGACAAGGGUAUUCGUAAGCAGUUGCCCCGUACCCUGAUACCGAAAGCUGCACGCGACGAACGUACACUCCGCAUACUCAUCCUUUGUCCACCUACCUUGGUCGAGAAUUGGUAUAGAGAGAUCCAAAAAUGGGCACCACUCAACAAAUUAGGUCACAUUCACCGGAUCGAGGCUAGCGGCACGGCUGGAGGGAAUAUGGAGAUCCUGGAGGAGUGGUACCAGAUUGGUGGAGUUCUCCUGAUAGGAUAUGCGAUGUUCCGCGGCUUUACUCACCGGAACACCGAAAGACGUCAGAAGCAAGAUGGUGAGAUGCUUGACAAGAUUUUGCUGCAGGGCCCCGAAUUGGUUGUUGCGGACGAGGCGCACAACAUGAAGAAUCCUCGAGCCGGGGUCUCGCUUGGCCCAAGUGCAAUCAAGACUCAGUCACGUAUUGCUCUCACUGGGACACCAAUGAGCAACGACGUUGAUGAGAUCUAUGCCCUGAUAUCGUGGGUGGCACCGGACUUCCUUGGUGAGCCUCAAUGGUUUCGAGCGCAAUAUGGUGAACCCAUCAAGGACGGCUUGUACGAAGACAGCAGUGCCUACGAGAGACGUAAGAGCAUCAAGAAGCUGGCAGUCCUACACAGGGAUAUUGGGCCAAAGGUGGAUCGUGCUGACAUCACAGCCUUGAAAGGCUCUCUUCAAUCCAAAGUGGAGUAUGUGAUCACGAUCGAGAUGACACACACGCAGAGAACGCUGUACUCGCGGUGCGUGCAUGCUCUGCUCACUGGAGACCGCAACAGAAGUGCCAGCCAGGUCACCAUCUUCAGCUGGCUUGGACUACUGAUGUUGCUCACGAACCAUCCUGCUGCGUUCCAGCGGAAAUUGCUUCAGCCCAAGCCGACGCAAGCAAGAAAGUCGAAGAAGGACCCUGUUGAGCUGCUACGCGAGGAUUCACCUGCAGUCUCUGACGCUUCUGCUGGCACCAUGGCAACCAGUGCCCUGGAGGACGCCACCCUUGAACAAGUGAUGGAAGCCGAAGCUAUGGGAGAUCCCGGCGAGGAAGACCUCUUUACGCUUGGUUUCACACAGAAAAUGAUCGACACUAUUGUUGCAGGUUUCGAGCAGGACAUAGACCCAAAACUGUCACCGAAGAUGGAAUCUCUGCUGGAGAUUGUCAACAGCUCUCGACUCUGCGAUGACAAGCUGCUCAUCUUUUCCGGCAGUAUUCCGACUAUCAAUUAUGUUUGUGAUCUAUUCAACGAUCGCAGCGUUCGCUAUGGUCGGAUUGAUGGACAGAUAGCAUCUGCAAAGCGGAUGAGCGCGAUCAAGAACCUCGACGAGGGCAUGUUCGAUGUCUUGAUCGUAUCGACGCGCGCAGGUGGCGUCGGUCUCAAUAUCCAAAGCGCCAAUCGCGUCGUCAUUCUUGACUUCAGCUUCAACCCUACUUGGGAAGAACAGGCUAUCGGUCGUGCCUAUCGCCUUGGUCAGACGAAGCCUGUGUUUGUCUACCGCUUUGUUGCCGGCGGCACUUUCGAGACCAAUAUAUACAACAAGCAGCAGUUCAAGACUUCGCUUGCACAGCGCGUGGUGGACAAGAAGAAUCCGCGCCGCAAUGCGACCAAGAACACCCGCGAAUAUCUGUACGAGCCGACGCCAGUGCAGCAAGAUGACGUUGGCGACUUGAUUGGCAAAGACCCGCUUGUGCUCGAUAAGUUGCUGAUAAGGCAAAGUCAGGGCAAGGACUUGCACAUACGAAGCGUUCAGACCAUGGAGACUUUGCAAGCAGACGCUGGGGACGAGCCACUUAACGCGGAAGAGCAGAAGGAGGUAGAUGAGGAACUGAAGCAAGGCAGGCUCAAGGACCGUGCUAGGCUGCAAUUACAAGCCGCUUACCCCAGCACUGCUACUCCAGUGGGCGGACCAGCUUACGGUGGUAUGGGACCUCCUUCGACAACACAGCCUUUGCGGCCCACUUUGCCCGUCACGCCGAGUACGUCACAUCAGCAGCCAAUAUUCAAUGGCACAGCAUCAAGCUUUGCCACGAGGCCACCUUCUGCCACGUCCAUGCCAAGUGCAUUAUCCACUACACCGAAUGGACACAUUCCUCAGAAUUUCAAGCCUUUAUACCCGCCUGGUAGUCGGACUAUGUGA